CGGUGUGAAUGCUUGUGGGAGCGGCGGAGGGAUACCAUCGUGGAUUCGCUGCUCUCCGGUUUUUCUCGGUGUUUUUCUCGGAGCGGCUGGAAGCGGCUGAUCGUUUAAAUCUCCGCGGUCGGAUUUUCCUUUUUUAUUAGCGACCAACUUUCCUCUGGUUCCUUCUGUUCGCCGGGAGGCGCCGCUUCCAUGCCGUAGAUGAGGCGCCUGUGAGCGGGUCCUUGUUGGGAAGUUUUCCGUGGAGCAGCGGAGGCCAUGGCAGCCGAGGCUCGGCUGGAGCUGGUCGGGAAGCGGUUCCUCUGUGUCAGCGGGGACGAGCCGCGACACAUCGGGGAAAUUGUUCGGUUACCAUGGAGAUCCGGAGUCAUACGAGCCGUGAGCAGCUUGGACAGCGGCAGCAGCGAGCUGACGGUGUACGUGGAGUUCGAUGACCAGGAGUGGGAGAAGAGGGAGUGGGUGAAGGUCUACGAGGAUUUCCAGCUGUUUCUCCUGGAGCACCAGCUGGUCUGGGCCAGGAGGAAAGAAGGAGGAGCUGGAGGCCUUCUGCAGGGAGCCACGGCCAAACACGUCCAAUGGCCAGCACUGGUAAGACUUCCUUCAGCCGUGUCACUAAGCUGCUACCGGGGGAUGGUUGUUAUCCUUCUGUGUGUUAGAGGCGACCUUUGACCCCUCCAUCACUAU